GUCAAUCAGGACAGUUACAACAAGUUUGCGUGAGCACAUAAAAUGGUCUCGGUUUUUAAUGGGCUUCAGUCAUAUCUGUAAAACAGACUGGAUGUGACCCUGUGACCUCUGGUUGCCAGGGACUGAGUGCUGGGGCCAUGGCUACUGGGGUUGCCGUCGGGGAGAGCCAACUCCAGAGGAUUAUCCGAGAUCUGCAUGAGGCUGUAACAGAGCUUGCAAAAGAGUACAGAGAAAGUGGGGAGCCAAUCACAGAUGAUAGCACCAACCUGCAAAAAUUCUCCUACAAGCUUGAGUACCUGCUACAGUUUGACCAGAAGGAGAAGACCACCUUUCUUGGUACAAAGAAGGACUAUUGGGAUUACUUCAAUGAUUGUCUGGCUAAGAUUAAAGGAGCCAAUGAUGGGAUCCGCUUUGUCAAAUCCAUCACUGAGCUGAAGACGUCUCUAGGGAAAGGCCGAGCGUUUAUUCGCUACUCUCUCGUACAUCAACGACUGGCUGACACGCUGCAGCAGUGCCUAAUGAACCAGAGAGUCACCAGUGACUGGUACUAUGCCAGAAGUCCCUUCCUGAAGUCCCUCCUUAGUGUCGACAUCAUCAACCACCUGUAUGAGCUCAAUGAGGUCCAGUUUGAUGUGGCUUCUCGAGGACAUGAUCUUGAUGCCUCCUGGCCCACUUUUGCAAGGAGGACACUGGGAAGUGCAAACUCCCCUGGCCACCUGUGGAAACCACCCAGUCGCAGUUCCAGCAUCAACAGUCUGGCCAGUACUUACUCCCAGUGUCUGUCUGCCUGCACAGAAGAUGUCAACACAGCUGAACACCUUCGCCUGGAGCUGGACCAGUCAGAGCUGAAGCAGCGAGAGCUCCUUGAUAAGGUGCAGCAGUUGGGUGAGGAGGCAUCUGAGCUCAGGGGCAUAGUUGUGGAGCUCCAGAGGCAGCUGGAUGUGUCACUUGCAGCGCAAGAGCAGCAACAGGGCUUGCAGGAAGAACUCAGGGAUCUGCAGAUACAAGAGGAGGCCCUGUCCAGAGAGGUAGAAGCACUCAGGACUAAGGAAAAUGUCAGAAAAGAUGAAAUAUGCCUGCUACAGGAAAAGUUGACAUCCGCUGAAGGGAGGAAUAUAGAGCUGCUAGCCAAGUUGGAUGAGGUUCUGAAUGAGAAGGGCCAGCGGGCAGCUAGCUGCUUUGAUUCAGCACAAAAGAUACACGAGUUGCUAGAAAGGCUGAAAGAGGCAGAGAAAGGAAAGAUUGAAGCUAUUGCGGAGGUAGAGGAGAAGAAGAGGCAUACAGAAAGGCUAGAGGAAGAGCUGAGGGUCAAGGAGGCAGCUGCAAAGGAUGGUGAAAGAAAACAGGGAGCUUUAGCUACAUCUGCAUGUGAAGAGAAGGCCAAGUUGGAGGCUAAAGUGGAGGAACAGUGCAGCGCACUUGACAAGCUGCAGGAGGCCUUGACAUUGAGAGAGAAGGAAACCAGCAACCUACAAAAGCAGCUGCAGGACCUCCAAAGAUCUCUAGAGGAGAAAGAGAAAGAAACAGAGGAGAUAAAGAGGAUGGCACAAGAACAUAAAAAUGAAAUGAAGAAUCUUGAUGUCUUAAAAGACUCUUUAGAAGCAGAAGUCACUGCUCUUAAGGAGCAGCUUGAGAGGAAAGAGGCAGAGCUAACCUCUAGCUAUGAAACACUACAAAAGCUGGAAGCCAAGAACCAAAGCCUGACCACAGAGAGGGAUAAACUGACCACUACCCUUACUGAGCUGCAAGGUAAUGUCAAAGAACAAGCCAUGAAAAUAGGAGACUACAAAAUGCAGUGCACCAGUCUAAUGGAACAAAAUGAAAAGCUGCAGAACAUGGUGAAGGGAAAUGAGGAGCUGAAGAAGGAGAUGGCAGACAACAGAGCAGUACUUGAGGUUGAAUUAGCAGCUCUAAGGGCUUCUGAGAGACAGCUUCAAGGCCAGUUGAAUGAUACAAAAAUGACAGUGGAUGAAAAAGACAAAAGGCUGCGUGAGGAAAACCGCAGGCUGGAUGAGAGUUUGCAGCGUACCACCUUGGACGCAGAGCUCUCCAAGACCACGUCGAAGAGGCUCGAGAAGGAAAACCAGAGUCUGAGAGAAGAUCAGGACACUGUGAAAGCAGCUCUUAGUCACAUGCAAGCAGAUCUGAAGAAUGUUCAUGGGCAGAUUGGAGAGUUGGAAAAGAACUUAGGAACUUCACGCAAGAAUGAGGCAAACCUUCAAGGACAGCUCCAAGCCAAAGAGGCCCAGCUAGAGAGUAAAGAGAAGAACCUUGUUGAGCUCCAGUCCAGGUUAAAAUCUCUGGAGGCCAGGGAGAAGGUAUUAGAGUGUGCCAAAGCUGAUGCAGAAGCAAGCUGUGCUAGACAGGGAGAAGUGAUUGAAAGGUUGAACUCUGAGAAGCAGGUGAUGGAGAAAUCUCAGCUGGAGAGGAGUGCUGUCCAAGCAAAGGAGACCCAAGAAGUGACAGGCAAACUGACUGUGGUGGAGGGCCAAUUGGAGGUGAGCAUGAAAGACGUGUCCAGGCUCCAGACAGAGAUCUUGGACCUCAGGGUGCAGGUCCAGAGGUCUGAGGAGGAAAAGCUAAAACUGCAAGCACAGUUUGAAGUGACGGAGGCUCAAAGAGAUGAGCUCAGGACUCUGACUGAGCAGCUCAAAGGUCAAGUCGAGUUGCUGAAUCAGAAGCAUAUAACGGAGCUUAUGGAGUGCAAGAAGAAAGAAGAGGCACUGAUUGAACAGUGUGAUAGAGAAGCAGCAGCACAUGCUGAGCUUGCUGCCUCUGCAGCUACUGUCCAAGAAGAACUGUCUGCACUCAAGACAGAAUAUGACAGGCUGGCUCUAGAGAACAUUGAGACACAUGAUGGUCUGCACAGAGCAAACACAGAGAUGGCAGAGCUCGGGAUGACCAUCUGUAAGCUCAGCGCAGAAAAGGAGGAGGACAAAAAGAGCUGGGCAGGGGACACUGCCAAAAUUAAAGAGCUGGAGAAAGAGGUGGAACAACUAGACGUGUGCAUGACAGAACUACGGCUGGAGAAUAACAAGCUAAGAGAAGAGCUGACAGAGAAGGAGACGCUUCCAGGGACCGUCGUGGAGCUCCGGGAGCAGCUGGAGAAGGCCAAGAACCACAUGGAGAGUGUCAGGGACUCCAGCCGAGAAGAGUUGGAGGCCAUCAAGUUCCAGAUGAGCUCAGAGACCAUGAAUCACCAGGCCCAGAUGAAGAGUGUGAAUGAACAGCUGGAAAAGGUGAAAGCAAGGCUGGAGGAGGAACUGAAGAAUGUGUCCAGCUUGCAGGCCAAAGUGUCUGAACUACAGGCCAUGAAUGAGCAGUACUUGCAACUAAUUGCUGAAAAAGAUGCACACAUCAUGAAGACAGAAUCAACAGUUUGUGAGAGUGAGAGCGAGAUUCAGCAGCUGCGAAGUGCAUUCACCAGUGCUGAAGAAGCAAACUUGUCUGUGCAGAAAGUGUGUGAGGAACUGAGGCAGAAGCUCAACACAACAGAAGCUGACAAACAAAACCAGUAUCUGAAGAUGACUGCAGAGGUUGAUGACCUCAACACAACCAAGACCAUCCUUGAAGAGCGGCUCAUCGAGCUGAUCAGGGACAAAGAUGCCCUGUGGCAGAAGUCAGAUGCUCUGGAGUUUGAGCAGAAACUUCGAGCAGAGGAGCGCUGGUGGUUGGUGGACAACGAGACCACGCAUUGCCUCGGCUGCCAGGGCCAGUUCACCUGGUGGCUGCGCAGACACCACUGCAGGCUCUGUGGUCGCAUCUUCUGCUACUACUGCAGCAACAACUUUGUAAUGGCUAAGCACAGUGGAAAGAAGGAGCGCUGCUGCAGGGACUGCUACACCCAACACAGUGCUGUGGUGGAGAGGUUCACAGCGGCAGAGCUCAGUCCUUCAGAUACCCAGCCUCCUCCGCCUGGAGCUGGGCCUGAAGAACCUCCUGAACCAGCCCCCUACAAACCCACUCCCAGUGUGACAGUUUCAGACCCCAGCAACAGAUCUGACGACGGACCUUUCGACAUCAUCACAGAAGAAGAAGUGAACAAUGUCUACGACAGUGAAACUACGUCACAGACCACAGGUGGUUCGCUGGAGGGAGGACAACACCAGCAGCCUCCUGAAGCGCUGAAUAUCAGAGGCACAGAAGAUGCGACCCCUGAUGAUCCUGAGGAGCAGGUCCCCACUGUCCAGGAUUCAGAGAUCAGUCUUCUAAAAUCAGGAGAAGUCACGAUCGGUGUCACUCUCAGCACUGAUGAUAUCUCUCAGUUUGGGGACAGUUCCAGGGAACUCUUCAUCAGGUCGAGCUGUUAUAGUGUGAUAACCGUCGCUGUGUCUGACUCUGGGCUCACCAUCAGCUGGACGUUUUCCUCUGAGCCCAAAAGCAUCUCCUUCAGUGUAGUUUACCAGGAAUCCGCUGACACCCUGGUGGAACAGUCAAAGGUCCUGAUUCCUCUGACUCGCUGCAAUUCCCAUAAAGAGACGGUUCAGGGGCAGCUGAAAGCCCGUCACCCCGGCUUGUACACACUCAUCUUUGACAACUCAUUCUCACGGUUUAUCUCCAAGAAAGUCUUCUACCACCUGACCAUAGAGAAGCCCGUAAUCUACGAUGGAAGUGACUUUCCUUGAAGCCUGAUAAUGUGAGCUUCCACAGAGGCAUCAGCAUGAUGUCCUGAAGACGUCAUCAUGAUGUCACUGUGGUGGCUAAAAGGCUUUUUAUUCUUUUAUUUCCAAACACAUGUUUUUACCCAAGUAUUUUAUGCUUUUGGAAUUGCCAAAUUCAGUUCUGUGCUCAAGUGUGUUCAUGUUUUGAGGUGGAGAUGGAUAAGCUUUAGGAGAGAAAGACAAAUAUUUAUGCAAGUUUGAUCACAUUUUGUUUUUAAGUAUGCAGCAGGUAAUAUACACACAUUUAGUUCAUUUAGAGAAAGUAUGUAGUUUUCUUACUUUGUUUUUUUUAGUUUUGGUCUGGCCUUUCUCAAAUAUGCUUUUACAUUAGUGAAUGUAACACUACCAAUAAGAAAUAUGAUAAAAUGCUCCUAUCUGCAGAAGUCAUCUAUAAAGACUCAGGAAGGACGUUAACACUUUCAAAAAAAUCGUCAGUUUAUAAUGUUUCAGGUUGUGUGCAAUCAUUUAAUUCAAAAAGAAGAAGAAGUAGUGCAGAAGAGUGGUUUGCUUGUGACUUCUCUGAACAUAUUUGCACUGUUCCAGGAAACAAAGCACUAACUAAUAGGUGGCCUGGAAAAUAUUUUUCUGCUUGGUAACAAAGCACUUUGUGCAAAUCUCAGGAGUGGGUGUAAAGUUCUCCUCCAGCGGUAGCAUGUCCUAAUUCAGUGUUUUUGGAAAACUAACCUAAAAAAGAAGAAGAAAAGCUGUCACCUUACUCUCUGUGUAAGGUGACGUGCACACCAGCCUCCUCCACCCAGUGUAUAGGAUAUAAUGAAGCAAAGUGCAAGUACUGACUGUAAACAGGCUGACUGUGUCAUUACAGUGGUUUUAAGUUAUAGUCAUCACUGUCAUCUAUUGAGCUUUUGUACUUUCAAAGUGCCUAUUAACUCUUAUUUCCAGGAAGUAGUUGACUUUUGUAGCUGUGUAGUUCACACUUUAUAUUCACAAAACCAGAAAUCGGGUGCGCAUUGGCACUAACCUAUAAAAUCCUAAUUCUAGUGACAUUUAAAUCACAAUAUAAUAUGCAAAACACAACAUAUCAGUUGAAAUGUUAUUUUUUCCCAUUUGGCUCUCAUUCUGUGUCUGGAAUCUUUUUGUCAUCUGUUUAGAUAACUGGCUAACUUUUCUUGUCCUCUCAGUGAGCAAAUGUUUUUGAAUAUUAUGUGCUGUUUGUUGUUUUCUAACACAAAACAAUAAGAAAACAAAAAGAGUUUGAGCACCUUCGGAUACAACCUGACACUACUUAACAAAGCAAGGGCUUAUCUCCAUGCUGCUUUUCUAAAGAUCUGCUUGUGUUUCACAGAUCUCAUAUUUUUAAUGGCUGUAAACUGGUGCAAUUUGUAUUCAAAGCUUCAUAUUUUCUAUAAAGAACUGCACUUUGAGAUGAUUAUUUUAUAAAAUGUUACGAACAGUAUGAAAUCUGUUAGGUUUCCAUUGUCUUUGUCAAAGAAUUCAAACAGGGACUUUUCUGUGUGCUCUUUUUAAGCAUAAUUAUUGUAAAUUGUGCAUGAAUCAGUACUACAAGCACUCAGUGUAUAAGAGACCUGCCAAACACCAAAUAAACAUGAUACAAUGGGAGUGUGAUG